AUGGACUCUGCCACUAGAAAGCUGCUCAUGCUCCGCGUGCGCAUUCUUGAGGAAGACAUAUUGCCAAAGACUGCACACAUUGCUGCAACCCCCUUCUACGCACGCUCCAACACGCGUAAGCUUGCUGAGCCUCUUGUUGCUACUCUUAUAUAUCUUGGUGGAGUGUAUUAUCUGCUAUUUAUUUUACAUCCAGUUGGAGCACCAUCAGUUGUAUCUUUAUCUGCGCUUCGCGAAUUUGCUCAGUCAGGUCGAUUACUACGUGCAGCUCUUAUUUUUAUUUCAGAUUUUAUUGGCGCGCUUCUUUUGGUUCGAAUUGCAUACAUAGUUAUUCUUCUAGCGGUCCGUCUGCCGCUCAACCUGCUAUUACAACUGAAGCCAGAACUGGCCAUUGAUACGCAUAACCUGGACUUUCGGCUGCUGUGUCGAGCAGACGAACUACUGGGUGAAAUUGAAAAAAACAAGGAUGCUCGUGCAGCUGCACGAUCUUCUGGUGCGCUAGUUUCCGGGAAGGGGAAAGUAACCUCCAGUACCGGGGCCUGGGAAAACUCAGUAGAACGACAACUUCUAGAAAAGCAUGCUGCUCUGAAUGAGCAGUUACUGGCCGUGUUCCCUAAUUACCCGCAAGUCCGAGAUGCUCUUGUGGAGGGGCCAGAUCCCAAGGCAAAUGCAAUUUUAGCCAAAAUUUUGCAGGGACCUGGACUAAGGUUUCCGUUCCAACAGCCGAGACCAACAAGGACAUCGGUGGGGUCGGAACGCAAAACACUUCCGGGUACUGUGAACACGACCACCAUUACGACCACAACUUCUUCAACUAUUAUGGCAACAUCAACAACUAAAACAACAAAAGUAACAACUAGAACAGGUGGUAAUGAUGAUGAUGAUGAUAAUGAAAAAAUAGAAGAAUACGAAGAAGAAGAAGAAGAAGAUGAUGAUAAUGGUCCAGCAUUAUUAGCAACCGCAAGAAGUGCUCGAGCCGCGCGAACGACCAGCGCCCACCGUUCUGGUGUAACUGCAAGGCAGAAAAACCCUUCUUCCGCUUCUGCCUCCCCAGAAAGUUUUCCCACUACCACCACCAAUUCCUCUUCCUCCUCCUCUUCUUCCCAAACAAACUUAGCAUCGACAUCACUUUCUUCAUCAUCAAUAUUAUCACCAUCACAAUCCCACCAACCUUCUCCUCAAAACAAACAGCCACCGCCGCCACAAAUUUCGAGCACGCUGCGUAAGUUUAUAAAUUACACCAAAAACAAUAGAAACAGCCUGCCGCAUAUUCGCUACGCCGCUGCCUCCGCCACAAUGACCAAAGACCUGCCCUUACACGCUUAUAUUCGACCCCUGACUAUCAAUGACCUCGACCAAGUUGAGGCUCUUGAAACCGAAGGCUUUCCUCCUGAGGAGCGUGCCUCUCGUGAAAAGCUGGCUUACCGCCUGAAAACAUGUCCGGAACUCUGUGCAGGUAUUUUUGUGCGAGAGUUCAUCUUACCUACUGAAGAAUACAGAAACCCUACGUUUGUAGGCCUUCAUGCUAAUGUUUUGCAAGGUCUUGGUCUUAAUCACCAAUAUGACCCUAUUAAUGCAACUGCUGCCGCUGCUGCUGCUUCUGGACAGUCGACUGAGGAGCACCUGUCCAAGGACUUGCAAUCUCUUAAGAAGUCUGCUAAUGAAGUUUCUAGCACUCCAGCAAAGGAGACACUCAUUGCCCAUAUCCAUGGCACUAAGACUGCAUCUACCGUUGUUACAGAGGCCAGCAUGCUUGUCCCUGAUGAAUCUUUUGAUGUUUCUACUGCCGAUACAGAUAAGUUACCUUAUGUUCCUGGUCACUACGAGCCUGGCCGCACUAUUGCUGUGCAUGGUCUUGUUGUGAAGCCCUCAUACCAGGGCCAAAGUCUGGGUACCAUACUUCUCAAGGACUACAUUCAGCGGCUGUCGACGCUGCGCAUUGCAGAUCAAAUUGCAUUGUUGGCACACGACACUCUUAUUCCCUUUUAUGCACGCCAGGACUUUGUUGAUCGUGGCGAGUCUACUGUAACUUCGUGCGGCGGCAAUUGGCAUGAUCUUGUGCGUGAGUUGGCUUACAGCGAAGAGUACGAGUAA